AUGUCCGCCGCGAAUGCACUCCAGAUCGUCGAAAUCGUGUGCGCGAUCUCCGAGCAAUUUGCGAUAGAGCAUCAUAAAACGUUGCAUAGAGGAAAGUGCCGUCGAGAUCUAGCGCACUUCGCCCAAGUAUCCAAGGCCUUCGUCGACCCGGCGCUGCGCGUGCUUUGGAGGGUGCUCCCUGGAGUCGAUCCGCUGCUGCGUCUGCUUCCCUGCGUCGGGGAGGAAAGGGUCGGACACCCUGCUGGGGUUGCACAGAUCUUCCUCAAAAGGGCAUUUGACUCAAAGGAAUGGCAGCGCGUUCAGCAUUACGCUGGUUACGUCCAUGCAAUAGACCACGUGGACAACAUUCGGCUCGAUUGCGGUUUCAAAGGAAGGCGUCGAUACAGGCGGGUCGAGCCCGCACUGCAGCAACUUCUCAUAUUGUCAACUGGAGGUGAACCAUUGUUGCCUCGCCUGCAGAGGCUAGUGUGGUGUCCAACAGAUAUCGGCUUACUCGUCGAUCCACCACCGUUCUCCGUGAUUGGUCCAUCCAUCCAACACUUCACACUGCACUACCUCCCACCGAGCGAGGGACGAAGUCACGGCCUAGCGACGGUCUUGGCCGCGGUAGCGGCCCUGGCUCCUGGCUUACGCACGCUCGCGCUGUAUCAACGAGUCGUGCAGGAGCUACGGUUGGCUCGCGCGCACGAGGAUGCUUUGUUGACCAUUGCUCGAUGCACUCAACUCCGCCAGCUCAAGAUCUUAGCGAGUCAGCUCGAAGUCACAUCCCGCUUCUUCGACGCCCUCGCGACCUUACCCUCGCUCGAAAGCCUGCGUCUCGAGGUCUCGCAAGUCGACGCAGUCGCUGGCCAGAGACGAGCGCUCGCCGCGCUGGAGGCGCUGGAGUUGACUGCUCCCGACGAUAUGAUCGCAAACUUCAUACAGUUUGUUUCACUCCCAUCCCUCCGUAAACUCUCAUUGUGUUUCGACGCCCAGGACAUAAAUGCCGCAACAAUCUACGGCGCGUGGGCCAGACGAUCUCCCGCGCAAUCAUGGCCGUCCACAGUCCGUAUUCUCCGCCUCCGUUUCCCCUUCGCCUUCCCCGGCCCCGGUACUACCCUCGUGGAGGUGAUCCAGCCCGUCCUCGAGCUGCAUAACCUGGAAGAGUUCAAUGUCGAGGCACGUCUGGGAAUAUUUGAUUGGUCGGAUGACGACGCGCUUUUAAUAUCUCAAGCCUGGCCGCGAUUGACCGCAUUUCUGCUUCGCGUCGAUCAGGGGAAGGAGCACGAGAGCCGCCGUUCUCUGGGCACCUUCAGACCCUCGCAGCGCGCGCUCCUCCAUUUCGCGGAACACUGUCCGAACCUAGAGCAACUCGUAAUCCCCUGCAUCGUCGACCCGAAUGCUGAAUAUCUCAACCUCACUGCCCCUCGUCCUCACAAUCGUCUCAAAGUCCUCCUUCUCGCCAUUGUAGACGUGGAGUGCGAACGGUGCUUUGCUCGUGACCUCGUGAAGCUAUUCCCGAACCUUCGCGCCGAUAGGCGUCCCAAAACGCACGUACGGUUUCCGUAUCACAAGGACUAUGAUUCAGAUUUCUGGGAACUAUUGCGCGAGAAGAUAGAGUUGAAGGCUAGGGCCACUUGA